AUGGACGGCCAGUACUACUCCCAAGACGGCACUCUCACCGAAGAUCACGAAACGCGUAAGUGGAACAAGCAGUUUGUGGAUGCCUGCGAAGGGAUGGGCAGAACCAGUCGGCCAGGACCACAGCUCAAGGGCUGGGUCACGGAUGCAGGGUUCCAGCGCAUUACUCACUACAAGUUCAAGUGCCCAAUGGGGCCGUGGCCUGUUGAUCCUCAUUACCAGGACGUUGGAACGCUCAAUUUGUAUCAGCUGCUAGACGGUUUAGAAGGGUUCACGUUGAAACUCUUCUGUGACUACUUGGGCCAUACCAAGGAACAAGUCUUCGUUAUGAUGGCUAAGGUCCGCAAGGAGCUACAAGAUCCGUCUCUUCAUGCGAUUUUUGACCAUCAUGUAGUCUUCGCACAAAAGCCUGAGACCAGCGACGAGGAGAACGGCGAUGCGUAG